AUGUCUUCAUACUAUUUUACCGUCAUUGGUACACGUGACAAUCCUCUUUACGAGCUAGAGUUCUCGUCGUUCAAGUCUUCUUCGUCCGGUUCGAGUCACCCUGGUCAAUCGAACUUUUCCACGAAAGUUAAGGAACUUCUCCCAUUCAUCACCAAUGCAUCUUUAGAUCUCAUUGAGGACGCGCAAUGGUCCACGGGCGCCUUCAACCUUGGCAGAGUUGAUUCCUUCUAUGGGAUCAGAGUCAGCGCUUUUGUCACCCAAGGAAAUAUCAAAUUCGUCUUAUGUUACGAUGCAACUUCCAGCAGUACAGGUGGCCUAGAUUCUAUGAUGACUUCCUCCAAUUCAAGCAAGCAUGAUGAAAACGUCAUCAAGCAGUUUUUUACUGAAGCCUAUGAUUUGUAUGUUCAGACGCUACUAAAUCCGUUCUACCUGGUGAAUGAUCCGAUCGUCUCUCCUGAUUUUGAUUUCCGAUUGAAGCUCUUGGCACGAAAAUACCUAUAA